AGACCUGUCGUGGAACUAUCUCUUUGGUACAGUACCUCCUGUCUUCAGCUCCAAUGUCAAUUCCAUACUGCUUGGAUACAACGCCUUUGACGGGCCCAUCCCACCACACCUGGCACUGCCCAGCUUGACCCAGCUCCAGCUGUCCAACAAUCAGUUCACAGGAGGCAUCCCCAGCGCAUUCACCAGCCUCACCGGCAUGGCUGCUCUGGAUGUGUCCAACAACAGCCUCAGCUCAGGCCUGGACGUGGUGGCUCAGAUGACAUGGCUCACAGACGUGGUGCUCCAUACAAACAACUUCUCCGGUGUGCUGCCCAUGGCGUUCUCAGGGAUCGAAGGCCUCUCAUCCAUAAGCAUUGCCAACAACCGCUUCUCUGGAUCGUUCCCCGAGUCUCUGUUAAAACUGCCAAGCCUUGUUCUAAUGGAUCUGAGCAACAACAGUUUCACGGGGUCCAUUCCCAAGCGCCUUACGAAGCUUGCUCAGCUGAUAGACAUCAACCUGAACAACAACAAGUUCCACGGGGUUAUCUCUCCGCGUCUCUUUCAGCUCUCCAUGCUCGACUCACUGCAAGUGGCCAACAACUUCCUCUCGGGGGGCCUUCCAGCGUCUCUGCGUGCCUCGUCCUCUCUUAAAACACUUAGCCUGCCAGGAAACAGGUUCACAGGUCCUUUGCCCGACUUCUCGCUCUGGAGUGUCAGCCUCGAGAACCUGGCUCUCAACCACAACAACUUCACAGGGCCCAUUCCGGACUCUAUCUCCACCCUCUCCAGCUUGAAGGCCAUCGUACUCAACAACAACCAGCUGGCCGGGUCCAUUUCAUCGGCCAUCUUCAACAUGACCAAUCUCGUUUCCCUCUACCUCGCCAACAACCAUCUGAGUGGCAGUCUGCCGUCUGCCAUUAGUCGUCUGGAGAAGCUCGAGCAGCUCUGGUUGGACAACAACAGCAUUGAGGGUCCUGUGCCCCCUGCCAUCUGCUCCCCUGCGCGGCUGUGGCGCAUCGAUGUGAGCGGCAACAGCCUGUACGGGCGCAUCAACCGCAAUUUCAAGAGCAUGGUGGCUGACGGGGAAGCGCUCAUCAACUUGGCUCACAACUUCUUCUUUGGAGAUGCCGUGCUCCUCGCUGCCGGCUGCCAGGUCUGCCCCGCCGAGAUCACCCAGCCCAACAACCUCGUCCUUUCGGACCUCAGCAGUGGCAGGGGAGCAGGGAAGUGUGUCGAUGGCAUAUCCGGCACUCGAGAUUACUCGGUGGCGGGGGAAGGCAAGGCUGCGAGGGUGAGUGUGGCGGGCAACUGCCUGGCGCUCAGCCCGGACGCGGAGUGCGCAGCCAACGCCACCCAGCGCAGCACGGCAGCCUGCCAGGCGUUCUGCAGCAUCACGGACAACGGCCCGUGUGACGGCCAUGGGGAGUGUGUGCCGCCUGCCCCCACCUCCCCCUCCAACUUCACCUGCCUCUGCCGUCCCGGCUACUCUGCCCUCGACUCGGGCAAUGGCUCCACCUGCGCUGUUGUGAAAGCCGGCUCUAGUGUGUCCUCGCUCUCCACGGGCGCCAUGGUGGGCAUUGCUGUGGGCUGCUUUGCUGGCUUCGUUCUGCUGGCUGCUGUGCUCUCAUGCCUGCUGUGGCCCCGUGGACCAAGGAAGUGGGAGGGGCUGGACGUGUGUGAGCAGUACACGCUGCAGCAGAUGGUGAAGGCCACAGACAACUGGGCCAAGGGCAACGUGCUGGGCAAGGGAGCAUUUGGCAUCGUGUACAAGGGGUGCUCGCCACAGGGGCAGACAUGGGCCAUCAAGCGCUCCACUGUGAUGACCAACGACUUUGAAAUGGAGGUGCGGGCCAUGGCGUCUCUCCACCAUGUGAAUCUGGUGCGGCUGCUGGGCUUCUGCCAGGAUCUGAACGUGGAGACGGGCAAUCAGGAGCAGAUCCUGGUGUACGAGUUUGUGGCUAACGGAGACUUGCAGCACCACAUUUACAGGAGCGAGAACCCUCUUUCGCUGGGGGACCGACUGCGAAUCGCGCAAGGAGCCGCGGAGGGGCUGGCAUACCUGCAUGGGUUUGCGACGCCCAUCAUUCACCGCGACAUCAAGCCCGCCAACAUCCUCGUGACGGCCGACAUGCAAGCCAAGGUGGCUGACUUUGGGCUGCUCAAGCGGAUCACUCACGGGGAGGAUAAUCAGACCAGGGUGGCCGGCACUCCCGGCUAUGUGGACCCUGAGUACAACCGCACACGCGUGGUUACCACCAAGAGCGAUGUCUUCAGCUUUGGCAUUGUGCUUCUGGCACUGGUGACUGGCAGGCCCCCUCGGGUUGAAGAGACACACAUACGAACAUGGGCAACCAAGAUGGUGGAGGACUAUCAGGUGAUUGGCAUGAAGGAUAGCAAGCUAGACGCAACUGAAGAGGCCGUUCUUGCCAUUGUAGACCUCGCUCUCGACUGCAUCAAAUCGCCAGGUGCUCGCAGGCCUGACAUGAAGGACAUUGCAUACCGCCUCACAGCGCUCAUUGAUAAGUACUGCUCGGACAAGCAGUCAGAAGUAGAGGAAGUAACGGGUAAAGCAGUAGAUGAGAUUCCCUCCGACUCUUCUGCAGGGACUGGCACAAUCUCACAGACUUCCACCAUGAGUCUUGGAUCUUUUAUGAAUGGCAUGGGUAGCUGGCUGGAGAAGGGGCCAAGCUGA